AUGUUUCCCUUGUUCGAGAAGAAAUUCUACUGGGUGGAGAAAGAUAGCAAAGGGCGAAUGUUCCUGUACCGAAAGAAGGGCGAGUCCUACACGUACGUGAAGAAAGUUGCAAAAACCCGCGAAAAGGACGACUAUAAAUCCACCUGUGACUGUUCAAAAUACCACGAUCAAGCCUAUAGAUACAAACACAAAGCAGAUGAUCGCAAACUUCAGGAGCAUGUCCAUCACCACUACUUUCACGACAAGUCAACACUGUGCACAACAUCAAAGCCAAAGCCCAACCCUAAGAAAUGCACGCAGUGUCUAGACCCAGACCCAGUCAUCCUAGGUCAAACCUCAGUGUGCCAUUCAUGGUGCCGGACCCGGUCACCUUCGUCCUCAUCAUCUCCAGCGCCGAAAGGAAAAUGCCAAGCAUCACCCUCCAUCCGCCACCUCCAUGGCAAUGGAGUACGUGUCGAGAGGAGCAAGGUCGAACGCUACCGUCCGGAACGCGAGGGUGAUUUCGACGACUUUCACGACAAGUACAAGCAAACACACAAAGACGCAACCAAAAAUCAUGAGCAGCCCCGUGGUCGAGCAAGAGACCGAUGCCUCGCCCGUGAUGACACCGUUGACGACGAGCCCGAUGACGAGAGCUACCAUAGCGACUGCAGCCAUGUUUGCACUGGGGUCUGCACAGACGUGCACGCUGCCGCUCCUACGCAUGACCGUCCCGCGCCGUUACGUGACCAUACUAGGCGCGACAGAGAGUACGAGAGAGUCACUUGGGAUCAAGAUAUGGGCGCUUGGGUCGCGAAGCGCAAGCCGACUGUGAGAUUUGAAUAG